AUGGUAGGCAACCUGUUGGGAGCUAAUGAGUCAGUGGUGUUGGCGGUGACGCCUGAAGACUUGGAAGGCCGAGUGCGAAACCCAGACAACCAGGGACGUCCACCACCUUACCAUGAGUCUGAGCCAACACCUCCCCUGCUGUACGAGGAAGGUCACUUGGUCUCUGGUACAUUGGAGGCUCUGACAGGUUUGCUGGUACCCACCACCAGUUCCUACCCAGACAGAGGUUAUCUGUUUGCAUUCCUGCUAAGCUCCAGACUCUUUGUUCUUCCUCACGAGCUGCUAACCCAGGUCCUCGCCGCUUGUCACGCUCAGCAAACCAACCUUGACAAACCAUCGACUGCCAAAGAGCGACUGGAGCGAAUCAUGCCACCGAUGGUGAAACUGCUGGAAGAGUGGACGGACAUGUUCCCCUACGACUUCCGCGACGAGGCGAUGACGGCGGCAGUCCGCGGCAUCACCCAGGGCUGCGACUGUGUCCCCUGGGUCUGUGACGAUGUGUCGCGACUGCUGCAGACUCUACUGGCCAGACUAGCCAAGCUGGACAAGUUCGAACACCAGCUGACCGCACAAGACACCGGCCGCCCCGUCCACGACCGCAUCAAGCUACCCGCGAGGAAAUGA